AUGCCGUUGAAGAGCAGUGGUUCCUGCAUUUCGUGGCGACCUCCCUUCCCCGCGGGCGGCACGUGGACCGAGCCUGCGCCUCUCCAGUCUGCGUCGCCAUGGCGACGGCCCCGCGCCCUGGGCGGGAGACACAGCAGGGCGUGCUGCUGCGUCCCAGCGCGCUUCUGCGCUUCUGCGAGGGCGCCUCGUGCUUCCUUCCUGACACCCCGGAAGAGUCGGCGCCUGCGCCUCUCCAGUCUGCGUCGCCAUGGCGACGGCCCCAGCCCUGGGCGGGAGACACAGCAGGGCGUGCUGCGUCCCACCGCGCUUCUGAGGGCGCCUAGUGCUUCCUUCCUGACACCCCGGAAGAGUUGGCGCCUGUGCCUCUCCAGUCUGCGUCGCCAUGGCGACGGCCCCAGCCCUGGGCGGGAGACACAGCAGGGCGUGCUGCGUCCCAGCGCGCUUCUGAGGGCGCCUCGUGCUUCCUUCAUGACACCCGGGAAGAGACGCCUGGAGCUGUUCCUGCUGCGCAGCUUUGCGGAUCGGAAGAGCGCUAUUUCUCCUGUUUUUCUUAAAAAGUCCUGCAACCUGUAUCGUCCCCACCUGAAACGUGACCAGAGCAGUUCCACCACAACCUCAGGACCGACGAGAGACGUUUGGAGUCUGCUCAAGAGAAUGUUCUAACGACAGAUAUUAUUAUGAGAAACCCUGGUUUCAGACACUAUAUUAAGUCAUCCUGUAUUUCAGGGCCAGUAGCAGUAACUGUGCUGUAGAUGUUUCACAGCACAUAUGAAUAUUACAUUUAACCAGGUUUAAU